AUGGCUACUCUGAACCGAAACCUCCGCGUUACCAUGUUCGCCUUCAAGAAAGACGAAAUUUCGGAGGAAGAGUUUCAUAACCACUGGUCGAAGGUUCAUGCUCCAAUAGUGGCAGAGUUCUUGGCAAAAGCCGGAGUCAUUAAAUACACACAAGUGAUGGCACCAGACGAGGCCAAAUUCUUUGACUGGACAAAGACAUCCAUCGCCUUCGGCUGGGAGGAGAUUUAUGUGGAGAACGGCCAACCUCUUGUUUCGAAAGAAGGGGUAGCAAGGCUUUGA